AUGUCCCAGGAAAACGUCUCCGAUAAAGUCAGGAACUUGCAGCGGCAGAUAGCACAGAAUAUCAAGUUUGGCCAGAAGCCCCCCUCUCUGAGGAAGAGUGAGGGAGACGAGGGCAGCUCGGAUGAAGAGGAGGUGCCCAGUAGCCCUCUGAGGGUCUUAGCCCAGGUGGAAGCUGAGCCAGGGGCCAGUCGGGACCAAGAGGCCGGUGAGAGCCAUGGAGCUCCCCAGGCUGAAGCCCCCAGCACUCCAGUGAAAUCUCCCAUGUCCAAACAAGUUCUUCCAGCCAUCGGCACCAUUGAGUCCAUCGACCUGGAUGGAGUCACACAGUCUGUCCCUCGGCUGGACAACACCGCUGCCAAGCAUAAGCUGUCUGUCAAACCCAAAAACCAGAGGAUCUCCCGCAAGCACCACCGGUAUACACAGGAUCUGCAAGAGGUGGAUAUCCCUGGCAUACAGCAGGAGGAGAAAGAUGCAGCAGACAGCCAACACAGGAACGCUGAGGAGGAGACACCCCCAGAGAAAACCAAGAAGCAGAAACUGCAGGAGGAGGAGAGAUGGGAGUCCAGGAGAAAGAGAGAACUGGCAGAACAGAGGCACAGAGAGGAAGAGGAAGAUAGGAAGAAGAAAGCAGAGGAGUGGCGGCUGUGUGAGUUAGAGGAGGAGCGAUGUUGCAAACAAGAGGGACGUAUACUUAAAAAGGAGGAGGAAAGGAGGCAGAGAGAGGAGAUGGAGAGGAGGAUGAAAGAAGAAGAGGAGAGGAGGCAGAGAGAGGAGAUGGGGAGGAGGAUGAAAGAAGAAGAGGAGAGGAGGCAGAGAGAGGAGAUGGAGAGGAGGAUGAAAGAAGAAGAGGAGAGGAGGCAGAGAGAGGAGAUGGAGAGGAGGAUGAAAGAAGAAGAGGAGAGGAGGCACAGAGAGGAGAUGGAGAGGAGGAUGAAAGAAGAAGAGGAGAGGAGGCAGAGAGAGGAGAUGGAGAGGAGGAUGAAAGAAGAAGAGGAGAGGAGGCACAGAGAGGAGAUGGAGAGGAGGAUGAAAGAAGAAGAGGAGAGGAGGCAGAGAGAGGAGAUGGAGAGGAGGAUGAAAGAAGAAGAGGAGAGGAUAGAGAAAGAAGAAGAAAGAAGGAUGAGAGAAGAUUUGGAGCUUAUGCAACGAGAGGAGAAGGAGAGGACACUGGAGGAAGAGGAAAAGAAGAAAGAGGAAGAGGAAAGAAGUAGGAAAGAAGAAGAGAAGAGGAAGCAGUGUGAACUGGAGGCAGAGCGUCUUCGUGAGGAGGAGGAGAAGAGGCUGUGUGCAGAAGCGGCUGCGAGCAGCUCUGACCCUGAGAGGAAGAGGAGGGCAGAGGAGGUGCGCUGGAGAGAGAUGGAGAAGAGACAGAGGCCGUUCACUGUCAAAGGGUCCUCUGGGGAGAAGCAGAUCCUGUUCCAGAAGGUCAACCUAACGCCUGUUAUACCGGCCUCCAGUCAGCAGGGGAGCGCUGUGACUGAACACAGAGAGAGAGCCAAGGCCUCAUUGCUUGGAGGAGCUGACUCGCCCACCCUCCUGUCCUCUCAGUAUGUCCGCCACACAGCCAUCCUGGUGACAGGUGCCCAGCUAUGUGGGACUGCUGUCAACCUGGACCAUAUCAAAGAAAUCGCUUGUAAGUCUCUCCUGGGUCUGGCAGAUGAAAAGAAAGCUACCAUGGAAACCCCACCACCAACCAAGAGCAAUACCCCACCAGUACGCAAGUCUGGAAAAACCAAAUCCCUCAGUGAGUCCACAGACCAGUCCAGUGCAGCCGUUCUUGCAGAGUGGGCCAGUAUCCGCUGCAAGAUAUUUAAGGGGGCGGAGGAGGGGAAGUAUGAGGAAUACCCAGACCCCCAUAGCCAAAGCCGACCCAGCAGUGAGGACCAGAGUCCGUUUCCCCAUACGAACCUCAGGAAGACCAUGUCUGCCAGCGCCAAGUUCUCUAUCACUCCGGCCAGGAAGAAGUUUGCCGACUCCAGCAGGAGCUCUGAGGUGUUGAAUCCGGAAGAGAAGGAAGGAGGAAGCCCAGCCUCUGCUCUCUCCAACAUCUCCUCCAGCACCUCUGUUCCCCCUGCAGCCUCACCAGCCCCAGGCCGCAAAGCCCAGAGCAGUGGUGGUAAGACCGUCCGGAUCGCAGCCAGAAAAGGGGAGUGCAUGUUUGCCAAAGACCUCCCAUCGUUCAUAGUCCCCAGGUCUUCCCAGUGGUCCCCCAGACCUGAGGGGUCAGUGACAGACGCUGUGAGCCUGGGAGGAGAAUCAGAGGACUCUGACGGCCGGGAGGAAGGGAGGGAGCAGGGCCAGCCCUCUCCUUUUGGGAUCAAGCUGAGGAGGACCAACUACUCCCUCCGCUUUCACAGUGAUCAGUCGACAGACAAGAGGAAGAAGAGGUACAGCGCCGGUGACAGCUUCAACGGUGUCCCCCCACCUCUGACCCCCAUUGACCCUGACUCUGACACCUCAGUUUUCUCUGAUAGAUCCAGCCCUGCGUCUCCACUCAGAGAGAGCAUUCCUGGGGAAAAGCCUGGACAUAUGGUUGUAUGUCUUCCAAAGCCCCGUGUCCAAGCAGGCAAGUCUCCCACCCCUUCCAUGCACAGCAAGGAGGAGAAGCCAUCCAAACCCUCACUCUACCAAAGACCGAGCACAUCCCCUAAACCUGCCACCCCUCCCCCCUCUCCACUCCCCAAGGUGGGCAGAGGGGGUUCAAGCGAUGCAGUGGUCCAGAGGACGAGGGUGGGGGCUGAUUCAGCUGGCCAUGAGGGGCGAGAUGAGAGGAGGGAAAAAACCUCAGCUGUGGCCCAGCUCCACAGGAACGGCCAGGGACAGGGCCAGGAGGGUCAGGGGGAGGAGGAGCCCAAGGAGAAGAGGUCCUUCUUCCCCUCCAUCAGUAUGCCCUGGAGGGAGAAGGCUGACAGGAAAACGGAGCUCAUCAGGAAAGGGAAGCCAUCGCUGCAGAGCAGGCACUCGUUAGACAGCGUACGGGUCCAGGACAAGGAGGCGGGGCCUCCGUGGAUCACGCUGGCGCUGCAGAAACAGAAGGGCUUCAAGGAGCACCAGCAGAGCCGAGACGAGUGCCACAGCAAUAGAGAGGCCAAACUGCCUGAGAAACAGGCCAAAGACAAAGACAGCUCUGCUAAAAGUCCUUCAGAGGGUAAGGGGAGUGGAAACACCAGCCCUCCCAAAUCACAGACACCGGAGGAAGCCAAGAGACCAGACACCCUCCUGGGCUGCUUUGAGCUCCGGGACCACCUGAAGAAAGCCAACACUCUGCCCAGCACAGUCACAGUUGAUAUUGCAGACUCCACACCAUCGCCCCCUGCAGUGAAGGAGGUGACCAAGCGCUUCCCGUCCACUGACUCUCCCCAGGUGUCCACUGAGCCGGCCUGGUUAGCUCUGGCCAAGCGCAAGGCCAAGGCCUGGAGUGACUGCCCUCAGAUUAUCAAAUAA